CAAAUAAUACGUCAAAUGUUGAAAUUGUACAGUCACUUCCGUCAUGGAGUUGGCAUUCCUUAUUUUUGAAUAUUUGAGUUUUCUCUCAGAGAUGUUUCUGUACCUGAUAGCCAUCUGUGUUUUCUUCAUCAUUGUUACCUUUGUGUUGGUAGUUGUGCUUAGACAGCUGAUAAAGAAAAGAGCCAGUGAGCUUAAGAGAAGUCGUGGGUGGGGGAGGCACAUAGUGGUUGGGUUUUUCCAUCCGUAUUGCAACGCAGGAGGAGGUGGGGAACGGGUUCUAUGGGUCGCCAUUUGUGCCAUACAGAACAAAUACCCAGAUAUUCGCUGUUUAGUGUAUUCUGGGGACUGUGAUGCAACAGAAGCUGAAAUACUCUUCAAAGCUCAACAACGCUUCAACAUUUCUCUUCCAAAGCCUGUGGACUUCAUUUUCCUUAGAAGUCGAAACUGGGUGGAAGCACACAAGUAUCCAAUGUUCACUUUGCUCGGACAAAGUUUCGGAUCUUUAAAAUUGGGCUGGGAGGCCUUAACUUCUUACGUGCCAGAUGUAUACAUUGAUACCAUGGGAUAUGCUUUUACCCUUCCAUUAUUUAAAUACUUUGGUGGAUGUAAAAUCGGUUGCUAUGUGCAUUAUCCAACAAUAAGCACAGAUAUGCUGGAACGCGUAUCACAGAGGGAGGAGUCAUUUAACAACAUGUCUGUUGUUUCAAGAAGUGUUUUGCUAACUAACUUGAAGAUUCUGUAUUACAAGAUGUUUGCUUCAAUGUAUGGCUUGGUUGGUGCAAGAAGUGACAUUGUCAUGGUGAAUUCCUCAUGGACCUAUGGACACAUCAAGACCCUGUGGAAGGUUGCUGAUAAGACCGUCCUUGUCUAUCCACCCUGUGAUAUUUCUGAGUUCAUAAAAAUAGAUCUGUUGAAACAUCGAAACAAGUCAGUGAAAACUAUUUUGUCCAUAGCACAGUUCCGUCCAGAAAAAGAUCACAAACUACAACUGAAAAGUUUCCAUGAGUUUCUAAGCCACGUGAAUGCAACUGAUAGAUCGAGGUACAAGUUGCAGUUGGUUGGCGGUUGUCGUGACAGCAAGGAUGCUGAAAGAGUCGAAGAACUCAAGGCCUUUGCAGAGGAGCUGCACAUCUCAGAGCGGGUGGAGUUCAAACUGAACGUCUCAUUUGAGGAGCUGAAGACUCUCAUGUCCCAGGCACUCAUAGGACUGCACACGAUGAGGGAUGAACACUUUGGCAUAGGAGUGGUGGAGCUGAUGGCAGCAGGCACAUUGACACUCGCCCACAAUUCUGCCGGACCCAGAAUGGAUAUACUGACACUGUAUGACGGCAAACCAACUGGUUUUCUAGCAACGGAUUCCACAUCGUAUGCUGAUGCCAUAAAGACCAUUUUUAAUCUCACAGACACUGAAAGGACAGACAUUUGUGAAAAUGCUCGGAGAUCUGUGACUCGAUUUUCUGAGUCUGAGUUUGAGCAAGGGUUCUUGAGAGCAUUUGAAUGUUUGCUUGGAAAUGUAUUGUAGUACAUGUAUGGGUUCUUUUUUAAGUCUCACAAUAAUGAAAUUGUUUUUAUCCCCGCGGAAAAAAAAUUCGGAGGGGAUAUAGUAAGUGGUCCUGUCCGUCUGUCCGUCCGGCUGAAACUUUGUCCGGAGCAUAACUCCAAAUCUAUUAAAUGGAUUUACUUUAAACUUAGAAUAUAAACAGAUGGCAACUAGGAGAAGUGCAGUGACCAAGAACCAUAACUCUAUCUACCUUAGUUUUUGAAUUAUCUCCCCUGUUAUUUAACUUUAAAGUAAAGUUUUGUCCGGAGCAUAGCUCUUAAUAUACUAAAGGGAUUUUCUUGAAACUUGAAAUAUAAACAUAUGGCAACUAGAAAAAGUGCAGUGACCAAGAACCACAACUCUAUCUACCUUAGUGUUUGAAUUUUCUCCCCUUUUAUAUGAUUUUAAAGUAAAUUUUUGUCCGGAGCAUAACUCUAAAUCUACUGAAGGGAUUUACUUGAAACUUAAAAUAUAAACAGAUGGCAACUAGGAGAAGUGCAGUGACCAAGAACCACAACUCUAUCUACCUUAGUUUUUGAAUUAUCUCCCCUUUUAUAUGAUUUUAAAGUAAAUUUUUGUCCGGAGCAUAACUCUAAAUCUACUAAGGGAUUUACUUGAAACUUAAAAUAUAAACAGAUGGCAACUAGGAGAAGUGCAGUGACCAAGAACCACAACUCUAUCUACCUUAGUUUUUUAAUUAUCUCCCCUUUUAUAUAAUUUUAAAGUACAUUUUUGUCCGGAGCGUAACUCUAAAUCUACUGAAGGGAUUUACUUGAAACUUGAAAUAUAAACAGAUGGCAACUAGGAGAAGUGCAGUGACCAAGAACCAUAACUCUAUCUACCUUAGUUUUUUAAUUAUCUCCCCUUUUAUAUAAUUUUAAAGUAAAUUUUUGUCCGGAGCAUAACUCUUAAUCUACUGAAGGGAUUUACUUGAAACUUGAAAUAUAAACAGAUGGCAAGUAGGAAAAGUGCAGUGACUAAGAACCAUAACUCUAUCUACCUUAAUAUUUUAAUUAUCUCCCCUUUUAUAUAACUUUAAAGUAAAUUUUGUCCGGAGCAUAACUCUAAAUGUACGAAAGGGAUUUACUUGAAACUUGAAAUAUAAACAUAUGGCAACUAGGAGAAGUGCAGUGAACAAGAACCAUAACUCUAUCUACCUUAGUUUUUGAAUUAUCUCCCCUUUUAUAUAAUUUUAAUGUAAAUUUUUGUCAGGAGCAUAAGUCUAAAUCUACUGAAGGGAUUUACUUCAAACUUCAAACUUUAACAGAAGGCAAGUAGGAGAAGUGCAGUGACUAAGAACCAUAACUCUAUCUACCUUAGUGUUUGAAUUAUAUCCCUUUAUUUCAUUUCAAAGUAAAUUUUUGUCCGUAGCAUACUGAAUCCCUUUAUUUGUUUUUACAAAUAUUAUUCUACUCUCUAAAACAAAUGUUGUCAUACAAGCAAACACAUUUAGGCGGGGAUUUGGCACUACUGUGACAAGCUCUUGUUCUGAUACUGUUAUUCACCUUAUCCCAUUUCUUACUAUGAACCUGUUUGAUGCUUUAUGUUUGAGAGCGUAUUGAUGGAAAAUGCUUGUUUACCAACAUCGAGCUUUUCCUAACAGGUUUUAUUGAUAUAGUUAUAUGUAAAUGUGCAUAGAGAUUAAAGCGUUUAUUUUCGACUA